GGAGCGAGCCUGGAGAGUGGGGAGCAGGCGGCGGCGCUGCGGCCGCGAGGGAGGGCAGCGGAGCAGCAGGGCCGGACGAGGAUCCCGGCGCCAGCGCAGCCGGCUCUGCCGCGGCGGCGUUCCGGCCGACGCUCGGGACCCUGCAGCCGGUGUCGCAGAUUUCUGCCCGGCAGAUUAGCCAAAGGAAAGAGGGACCAAUCUAUCUACGUUCUGAGCGCCACCCUCUACAAGACACUCUUAACAGAGCCGAGGCCCAAGUUCACUGUGCUCCCAUUCCCCCACCCCAGACGUUACUCUGGGGUCUGCCUGAGGCCAUUGAUGUGAAGAUGACCAGUGCCUUCCUAGCAUGACGACCUUGGACCAUGUGAUCGCCACCCACCAGUCAGAGUGGGUCUCCUUCAAUGAGGAGCCACUCUUUCCUGUCCCUUCUGAGGGGAGCACGGAAGAGCACGUCCCAGCACCGUCGUCUUACUCAGACCAGUCUGAGAGCUCCUCCGGGGAGAACCAUGUGGUGGACGGAGGCUGUCAAGAUCUUUCCCACUCAGAGCAGGAUGACUCCUCUGAGAAGCUGGGUCUCAUCUCUGAAGCAGCCUCCCCUCCUGGGAGCCCCGACCAGCCCUCACCUGACCUCGCCUCGGCUAUCAGCAACUGGGUUCAGUUUGAAGAUGACACCCCCUGGGCCAGCACAUCAUCACCUCAGAAGGAAACAGCCCUGCCACUGACCAUGCCCUGCUGGACGUGCCCUUCCUUCGACUCCCUGAGAAGAUGCCCUCUGACCUCUGAGAGCAGCUGGACCACACAUUCUGAAGACACCAGUAGCCCCAGUUUUGAUCCCUCAUACACAGACCUGCGGCUCAUCAGUGCCGAGGAGCAGAUGAGUGGCAAGGCUUCUCAGGCUGGCUCGACUGACGAGAGGACGGAGUGGCAGACAGGCAGGCAGACGGCUGUGAGUCCUGUUCAAGCAUGCACGGAGCAUUCCUCUACCUGCACCCAGGGCCUGGACCCCUCGCCACCCCUACCCCACCCCAGGAAGAGCCAGAGCCCCUGCGAGGGACCGGAAGGGGCCUCUGUUCCCAAUGACAGUUCUUCCUCAGUCCAGGAAGAUGAAGAGGUAGAGAUGGAGGCCAUCAGCUGGCAGGCCAGUAGUCCAGCCAUGAACGGACAUCCUGCCUCUCCAGUAACCUCUGCUCGUUUCCCCAGCUGGGUCACUUUUGAUGACAAUGAGGUCAGCUGCCCUUUGCCACCAGUAACCUCUCCCCUGAAGCCAAACCCACCACCUAUUGCAUCUGUGACCCCAGAUGUACCUCAUCACUCAGCUGGGUCAUUUAAGAAGAGGGAACGUCCCAAGAGCACUUUGAUGAACUUUUCCAAAGUUCAGAAACUGGACAUUUCAUCCUUAAACCAACCGCCUUCCAUAACGGAGGCUCCGCCUUGGAGGGCAACCAAUCCUUUCCUGAAUGAGACUCUGCAGGAUGUCCAACCCUCCCCUAUCAACCCUUUCACUGCUUUCUUUGAGGAGCAGGAGAGACGCUCCCAAAACAAUUCCGUUUCCAGUGCCACAGGCAAGAGCCAAAGGGAUUCUCUCAUUGCCGUCUACCAGGAUGCCAUCUGUUUUGAUGACUCAAGCAAAACUCAGUCCCACUCUGAUGCUGUUGAAAAACUCAAGCAACUCCAGAUUGAUGACCCUGAUCGUUCAGGCAGCGCGACGCUACCAGAUGAUGACCCCGUAGCCUGGGUUGAACUAGAUGACCCCCCACCUGGUUCAACACUGUCCCAGCCCAGAGAUGGGUGGCCAAUGAUGCUAAGGAUCCCUGAGAAGAAAAACAUCAUGUCGUCUAGGCACUGGGGACCCAUCUACAUCAAACUAACAGACAGUGGUUACCUGCAGCUGUAUUAUGAGCAGGGUCUAGAAAAACCAUUCCGUGAGUUCAAGCUGGAGAUCUGCCAUGAAAUUUCGGAACCCCGGCUCCAAAACUAUGACGAGAAUGGCAGGAUCCACAGCUUACGAAUAGACCGUGUCAUCUACAAGGAGAAGAAGAAAUACCAGCCCAAACCUGCUGUGGCCCACAUAGCAGAGAGGGAACAAGUGAUUAAGCUGGGCACCACCAAUUACGACGACUUCCUGAGUUUCAUCUGUGCCGUUCAGGACCGGCUCAUGAAUCUGCCGGUGUUGUCAAUGGACUUGAGCACAGUUGGCUUGAACUACCUGGAGGAGGAGAUUACUGUGGAUGUCAAGGAUGAAUUCUCUGGCAUUGUGAGCAAAGGAGACAACCAGAUUCUCCAGCACCACGUCUUGACGCGGAUCCACAUUCUGAGUUUCCUCUCUGGCCUGGCAGAGUGCCGCCUGGGUCUCAACGAUGUCCUUGUCAAAGGGAACGAGAUAGUUUCCCGGCAAGACAUCAUGCCCACCACCACCACCAAGUGGAUCAAGCUCCAUCAGUGCCGUUUUCACGGGUGUGUGGAUGAGGACGUAUUCAGCAGCUCACGGGUUAUUCUGUUCAACCCUUUGGAUGCCUGUCGCUUUGAGCUCAUGCGGUUCAGGACAGUAUUUGCAGAGAAGACCUUGCCUUUCACACUCAGGACGGCAGCAAGCAUCAAUGGGGCGGAGGUGGAGGUGCAGAGCUGGCUCAGGAUGUCAGCCGGCUUCUCCUCUAACCGAGACCCUCUCACUCAGGUUCCCUGUGAGAAUGUGAUGGUUCGAUACCCCGUGCCCAGUGAAUGGGUGAAAAACUUCCGCAGGGAAAGCGUCCUGGGGGAAAAGUCUUUAAAAGCCAAAGUGAACCGGGGGGCAAGUUUUGGCUCAGCCAGUAUGUCUGGCUCUGAGCCUGUGAUGAGAGUAACUCUGGGAACUGCCAAAUACGAACAUGCCUUCAACUCCAUUGUGUGGAGGAUAAACCGACUGCCUGACAAAAACUCAGCUUCUGGUCACCCUCACUGUUUCUUCUGCCACCUUGAACUUGGCUCUGACCGGGAAGUGCCUUCCAGAUUUGCCAGUCACGUGAAUGUGGAGUUCAGCAUGCCCACAACUUCUGCCUCCAAAGCCGCUGUAAGAUCCGUCUCCGUGGAAGACAAGACUGACGUCAGGAAGUGGGUCAAUUAUUCCGCACACUACAGCUACAAGGUGGAAAUUGAGCAAAAAAAGAGUUUGAAGCCAGACUUUGAAGGAGAUGAAAUGGAAAAUCCCAAGGAGUGUGGGGUCCAGUGAUGAAGCCCUCUUGCAGGGGGGGCCUGACCCAAGCGUCAUGACAGGACGUCUUCCUGAGCAGCUGGAGGUCAAGGCAGUACCUACCAUGGCUUCUCCUUACUGGAACAGUAUGUUGGACUUUCCUGUUUGUGGUUAUCUGUAAUCUCACAGGAAACCUUGAGAUGAUUGCUUUGGAGAGACUCUGAUAUACCUGAAGCAGGUGGUUUCCCUGACUUCUGGAGCUUGUUGUCUAAUUAAGCCUCCUUCUCUUUGCUCUGUUGAUCUUGUAGCUCUUGAGUGUGGCUUGUUGUGACUACUGGAGUUAGGAAGAGAACCUUCCACAUCAGUGUUGGCAGGAUUUCCUUCUGGUGUUCAUCUGUCACUUCCAUGAUUUUCUAGAAAACAGUCUUGAGAAUCCCCCUCUGUCAUGCCCUCUAGAAAAGGUUCAGAAGAGGUACAAAACAUAUUUCCUUUUUGGGUCUACUAGGCCUUUCAUACAUGUCUCUCUUCUUGCAAUGUUAACGCUAUGCAACAGAAGUUUUUGAGAAAUUUUCCUCCCGGUUUGGGAUCGUUUUGAUGAAGACACUUUUUCCAUCUCUCUGGUCCCAGGGUUCACCAUCCUGAGUCACAAUAGACAAUGGGAAAAGGCACAAUAGGAUAAUUUUUUAUUCUGUGAUUAGCCCCAUAUUUGGCAAAGGGUGGCUAUGAAAGGGAAAGCAAAAUUGAGCUUAUUUUUCUUCAUUCUGGGGGAAAAGAGACAUUAAUUAGAAGAUUAUAUUCAAUUCAGGAGACAUUUGCAAUCUCAAUGAAUUCCCAAAUUCACACUGAAAAACAUAGGCCAUUUCCGAUUCCUGAAACACAUGGAUAUAUGUAUAUAUAUAUAUAUAUAUAUAUAUAUAAUACCUCAGGCAUUUGUCGGGGAACUUGGGAGCUCUUCUUAUACCUCAAGCCUAUAGACAGUUGCAUGUCUCUCUGACUCGGACUUUACAUGGAAUAUAAGUGGAAAAGAUCAUUUUAAGAGCUGUUUUAAAACUGAACUUAUAUGAUCUUUUCCCUAAAAUUCAGAGUUCCAUAAUCACAGUAUUGUAACAGAUCUACAAGGCAGAAGUCUCUAGGGUAGCAAUGGGGGAAAGCCAUAUUUUUCUAAUGUUGAGAAUAUUAGUCCCAGUCCCAAGAGGCUAGGACACUCAAUUUUCUUUCCCUUCAUAUGGUCCCAUUUACACUCUGUACCUCUACUUCUUACUUGUAUCUUGGUGUUUUCUUACCACACACGGACCUAUAUCGGCCAUCCCAGAUGGGACACCUGCCCAGCAAUUUACAGGUAGGCUCUAAAUGCCUGUUUCUCCCAUGAAGAAUACAGUAAGGGGACAGAAGCAUGCUUGUCAGAUUUGUCAGAUGACACAGAGAAAUAAAUGAUAUAUCCUGUUUCGACUGGCAGAUUUAGGAUUAAUUGAUUCAAUGAAUAUUCGUUGAAUUAUAACUAUGUACUGACACUAGAAAAUAGACAUCAUCACCAUUUUUUAAAAAUACCUGAACGUAAGACUGAAACUAAAAGGAUGAAAUUCAGUAGACAUUAGUAAGAGACUGUAUUCUAGUUGCUUAAAUGCAACCCUCUAAAUACAGAGAGGUGGUGGGAAGGGUGCUGAAAAGUCCUGGUUUCAUAGCAGUUCACGUCAAAAUAGUUCAUUGUUGAAUCAGGAGUGUAUCAUGAUUAUUCACAAAGUCAGUGCAUCAGCCUGUGGUAACAAAAGCCCAGGGAGCCCUGCAUGCUGCUUUGGUCAGUCCACUUCUGGAUGGAAGGCUGAGUUCCAUUCUGGGUACCAUAUUUUAUGAAAGACAUUAUUAAAUUGUGUCCAGAGGCAGGUGGUCAGGGUUGUGAAGGGUCUGAUGAAAUAAGGAGCAGGGGAAUAGAAUAGGAGAGAAUAAAAUAAUAUCGCUGCCUUGAAAUUUCUGUUGAGUUUUAAUAAAAAGGGGAGGAAUUAGCCUUACCCUGUGUAAUUUCAAAGGGCAAAAAUAGGAACAAAGAGGAACUUUCUAGAUGACAGAUGUUUGCUUCAACAUAAAGAAUUUUUUAAUAAGAGUGGUUCUAAAGAGGAAUAGACUUGAGCAGUAAAAUUUCCGUUUGUGGCAAAUGCCCAAACAAAGGUUAAAAUAACCAUCAGUUCCAGAUGCUAUGAGAGGGACAUUGGAUUUGGACUGGAUGGCUACCAAGAUCCCUUCUGCAUAUAGGUUCAUCUCAGUAGUAACAGGACUCUCUAACUCUAGUUGUUUUUUCUUUGAUAAGUGGUUCUGUAUGCUCUUUGAAAUACAGUGGGGCUCCCUGGAGGUCUUUGUCAAGUGAGGAAGUGCCCUUCCCCUGUUGUAUGAGAGACACAUGAGAUUCCUCAUAAAAACAUCAAGGUGGACUGAAGGAGCUGGCAGAGUAAAGGUCAUUCUGGCACCUUCCUUACUUAAGGUUAGUGCCUGUGCACCCUCUCGAGAUCUCUGCCUCACCUGCUAGCAUCACGUGUGUAUUGCUUAUUGAAACUUUUUCCCCCACCGUGGUUAAUUCGCACUGCCUUUGUGCUUUUACCUGGACUUUUUUUUUUUUUUUUUUAAACCAACGCUUAGGAACAUCCCUUCCAUGCUAUCCACAUUCAACAAGCAAAUUAUUAA